UCUCCUUGGGUUUGGUGCGUGUGCGUGUGCGUGCAUGAUUUUUCAAAUAUAGGAAUGAGGAUUUCAGCAGAUUUAAUUAUUUACAAGGUUAUCCAUUUGAUGAGUGAAAUGGAUCAGGAUGACGGUAUACAACUUCCUGCAAUUGACCACAGCAUGGUGGGUGUAGAUUUCGGCCAACUGGAUGCUCAGAUUGAGAGUCUUGCAGGGGAUGACUUGGAUUCACUGCUGGAAGAGCUGAAAGGAUUUCAUGACAUGACUGAUGGUGAUAGCGAAUCGCCGGAGAUUGGAGGCCCAGUCCUUCGGGGCACUGAGUUUAGCCGCAAUGCUAAGCUCAGCAAGUACGAAACUGUGAUCAAGAAACUAGAAGCCAUACACGGUGUGACGCCCAGUGACGAGUCAGACGAAACGCAAGCGGGUUAUGAACGAGACACGGGUUUAGAUAUGUUAAAGAAACAAGAUGGGCCGAACGUCGUGGAGCUGACCAGGCGAGCUAAAUACUUAAAGGACAAACUCCACAAAGCUAUGAAUUACUGUGCAAACAAACCGUGCAAGAAUGGAGGAAAAUGCAUACCUGGAAAAACCGGUUACCGCUGUCAGUGCCCUACUGGUUAUCAGGGAACCCACUGUGAAACACGUCAGGUAUUCCGGAGAUGCGUAGAAAUACGUAAUAAGUAUCCACAAGCAGAGGAUGGAGAAUAUUGGAUGUACCCAGAGGCAUUCCAUGGCAAGAAAGUUCAAAUCUACUGUCACUUCAUGAAAACUAGACCCAGGGAGUAUGUGACGCUGAGAGUCAUCAAUCGAGGCAACUCUCCAAGAAUGAGUUUCAAGAACUGUAAGCUUCAUAUUAUUCGACUGGAGGACGACAACUCACAUAGGGGAUCGAUAUUCUUUACGAAAAUCGGCGUCUACAUGGCGGUACAUGGGCAGAUUUAUAAUUAACUUGAAUAUAAUAUUGCCCACUUGAAUAAUAUUUAUAUAAGUUCAG